AGUUAGUUAGUUAGUUAGUUCCUCUGUGGUGGUGGAGCGUGCCUCGGUACAAGCAGCUCGGUGGUCACGGGGGCUGUCACUACCCGGAACAACAAGAUGGCGGCUUCGGAGCAGCUGCGGACUUUGUUGUAAGCUCCUCUCAAAGUACAGCAGACAGAAAGCAUGAACGUCCAUCAGACCCCAGCACCCCUGCUCCCUCCGGUGCACCCUGAUGUCCAGAUGAAGCCGCUGCCCUUCUACGAUGUGCUGGAUGUGCUCAUCAAGCCUUCCAGCCUUGGAGCCAGCACUGCUCAGAGGUUCCACCAGGAAAAGUACUUCAUCUUUGCUCUGACUCCUCAGCAGGUGCGAGAGGUCUGCAUUUCCAGGGACUUCCUACCUGGAGGGAGAAGGGAUUACAUGGUCCAGAUUCAGCUGAGGUUCUGUUUGUCUGAGACCAGCUGCCCUCAGGAGGACAACUAUCCCAACAGUCUGUGCAUCAAAGUCAAUGGGAAGCUGUUCCCUCUGCCAGGCCACGCUCCUCCUCCUAAGAAUGGCGUGGAGCAGAAGAGACCAGGCCGGCCCCUCAACAUCACGUCUCUGGUGAGGCUCUCCUCUGCUGUGCCCAACCAGAUUUCUGUCACAUGGGCCCCCGAGAUUGGAAAGACGUAUUCCAUGUCGGUGUACCUGGUCAGGCAGCUCACAUCCCCUCUCCUACUGCAGAGGCUCAGGAUGAAGGGCAUCAGGAAUCCAGACCAUUCCAGGGCACUCAUUAAAGAGAAGCUGACUGCAGACCCAGACAGUGAGGUUGCUACUACCAGUCUGCGAGUGUCCCUCAUGUGUCCGCUGGGUAAGAUGCGUCUGACCGUGCCGUGCCGAGCCGUGACCUGCUCUCAUCUUCAGUGCUUCGAUGCGGCGCUGUACCUCCAGAUGAAUGAGAAGAAACCCUCAUGGAUCUGCCCUGUUUGUGACAAGAAGGCCACCUACGAAAGCCUCAUCAUUGAUGGCCUGUUCUUGGAGAUCCUGAACGACUGCACUGACGUGGAUGAAAUAAAGUUCCAAGAGGAUGGCACGUGGUGCCCCAUGAGACCCAAGAAAGAGGCCCUCAAACUGCAAACGCUGCCCAAAGUGGAGGCGUCGACUCCUGUCCGGCAUGCAGCCCCCGCCCCCACCGACUCCUGCGCUGUGAAGAAGGCCGACGUCAUCGACCUGACUGUGGACAGCUCUGAUGAAGAGGAGAGCGAGCCACCGCUAAAGAAACGCUGUGCCUUCAUCUCAAAGAGCCAGGAACCUGAGCUGCACCCAAAAAGUGUUCUGGCCUACCAGCCGCCCUCGGUGCGCAUGCCCCCAGUGCAGGUGGCCGCUCUGGACCCGUACCAGCUGAGCUCCACCUUGGCAGACUACGCAGUGCCCUUUCACCCGUCCACACUGGCCUCCAUCCCCACAGACAUGCAGAGCCUGGACCUGUUCUCUCUCAUUCAGGCUGAUCCGCAGCAUUACCGGCCCCCCACAUUUCUGGACACUCUGCAGAGCACCGCUGUGGCCAGCACGAGCGGGCCCCUGGCCUCCAGCAGCCGCUACGACAGCAACACGCGUGUGUCUGGCACCAUGCAUGAGAGCAGAGUCAUCUCUGAGGGGGGAGGGGCCUCCGGGGGCAUGGCCGCGACCAGCAUAUCAGAUAUCAUUUCACUGGACUGACAGUUGACCUGGGGGCGGGCCAUAUAACAACAUACAAACCAAUGGGGAUGGGACCCUGUGAUGAUAUGACCACAGCCCAGAGACAUGGUGCUUUUCAACCUGUGCAGCUCUUUGACCAGUAGGAGGAGUGCAUUUGAGCAGACUUUUAUGCUCCGAGUAACAGAAGCAUGGAUUUAAUCAACCACGGUGAAGUGUGAACACAGAAGCAACCGGUGGCUCGUGUGACCUCUUACAGGCAAUAUAAACCUGAGUGUACAUGAGUAUAACCACAUAUGGAACCUAACUGAAAGACCUGAUAUCCGUGUACUCAUAAUUUGUUACUGUACAGGAUGCAGGCCAUGCCUACCUCUGGAACUGGACUAAGAGGAUCCAUCUGGACCAAACCUGACCAAACCAAGUCCAACCACCUGUGUGAGUGAGGUGCACUCCCACACCAUUAGCAUAAGCAUGUGCGCAUUUAAACUUCGCACCUGUGGCCAUCAGCCGCACUACGCUCUGCAGAGGGACUAUCUCCGUGGGUUCAAAUCAGUGUUCAGAUCCUCCUAGUUUUGAGUUAUGUACAUUUAUUUAGUCAUAUCAUUUAAAUUCCUCUCAAAUGUAAUCUGCAACCUAUUUCUUUAUUUUCUGGUGGCAGUUUGAUCAUUUUAAACCUUUCACAAUAUGGAGAAAACAAGUCAUGUAUAAGUAAUUGCCUCAAUAUUGUCAAAUUCAACCAAGCCAGAUUAAUGUUUGGACUGAAAGUGCUUUUAAAUUUUUGUUUUAGCAGCGCAUAAUGCCAAAUUAUUUAAUUUGUUCUAAUUAAAGUUUGAGUAGUUUUGACUGGACUAGAAUUGCAUGGCCUUAAGUCUUUAUUAUUACACUGAUUAUUUUCCUCUAACAUGUAAAUCCAAUCUAACCAAAAUGACUCAAAUCAAGAUUAAUUUCUGAAGUCAUUUUAACUCAUGGAGAAAUUUUCUUUUCCAUUGCAACCGCUGAAGAUGGGAGAAGAUGGAUCACAUACUCCCAAAACACAGCUGUAUUUAACAAAUGCUGUAAACACUGCCAAAAAAAUCUAUUUUAGUCAACUUAAAAAUAAUUGCAAUAACCCUGUUUAGUUAAGUUUGCUUCCUGAUCAAUUAGACUUGCGUUGCUUAAAUCCCUCCUCAGCAGACAUGCAAACACGGCACCCCUAAUUUCACUGGUUUUGCUGGUCAUUGGAGCUCAACAGAUCCCGUUGAAGCUUGCUUUCCCAUAGAUGUUAUAAAAGGCGCAUAUUACGGCAACUUCUGAUCUCUGUUCUAAUGUUGUUUCCUCAUCACAAACAGACCUGGAGUUGUAUUUUUUUUCAUUCACACUUUUAACUCUGCGUCUUUAGGCUGAGUUCUUCUCUCAAACCGAAAACUCUGUUCCAACUUGUGAUGUCCUGCAAUAAUACAGGAAUUGCUCCAAGUGUUUUUAAACUCUAUACACCUUCACUCAAAUCAUUUGGGUAAUUUCGUCUCUGGAAUCACAAGGUGGAACAGAGGAUUUUCAGUUUUUGAGGUGUAGACAAACUAAUAAUAAAGGAUUACUCAAAUAUGUGUGAAUGAAACAAAGCACAACUCCAGGUGUGUUUCUAGCAUUGACCUGGCUUAAAGCUCAGGUCAAUUUUACAUAGGACCUUUAACAGUUGAUGUGAUUAUUUUAUGUUAGAAAAAGUAUAAAAACCUAACGUUUGACUAAAUGUUUUUCUAACUUUACAGUUUAUAAAGUUUUAGAAAUUGUAAAUUAAAUUAUAUGUUUUAUGCUCAUUAGUUACCACAUAGCUUUAUCAGCCCUUAAACCUGGGGUACCUGAAAAAUUCUGUAUUUACUUGCACCAAUACUGAAAAAUUAGCUGGAUAAAUAAGAGUUACAUAACACAAUUGGGAUUCUUGUGUAAUAAGUUAACUGUGUUUUAAGGAAAUGAGUGCCAUUUUCCGUCCCUACACUGGUAACGGUUAAUAUUGAAUAUGGGCAGAUACUUAAAGUAAAAGUAUCAGUAUCGGUAUCAGAACUGAAAAAGCUGAUUCCGUACAUCCACAUUAGCUAUAGAUAAACCCUGAAGUUCAGUAAAUGGAGGAAAGAAAGAAGAAAGAAAAGCAGAAGAAGAAAAGUUAUAGUCUACCACUAACCUAGUUUAAACUAUUCAAACAAAAUGGAGAUUUUUAAAUUGAAAUCAUUUUUAAUGAGUCAACCAGAUAACCCUUUUUGACAGUGUUCACCUUUUAAAGGGCCUUGUGCUUUAAACUCUAUACACCUUCACUAGAACCAUUUUGAUUAUUUCAGCCAUGGAUUUGCCUAACAAGUUGCAGCUAUUGUUUUAGCCCCACUGAAACUGCUUCAGUCCUUGGUGCGUCAGCAGAUAUUAGAUACUUUCCAUUGACAAUCUCUACUGAACAAAAGGUAAAACAAAAAUACUCAAAUAAAUGUAACAAUUUGUGGUUUUUCUAGAGUAUUAUAACAUAAAGUACUUCAGUUGAGGUUAAAAAAUAGCUGUUAAUGACAACACAAGGUGGCACAGCAUCAGAUUUGGGAAUGCAGACACCAUAAUAAUCCAAGAUUACUCGAACAUGUGAAUGAAACUAAAUGCAACCCCAGGUAUGGGUCUGAUGAGGUAACAUAGCAUGGCUUAAAGCUCACAUGAGUCAAUUUAGUGCAAUAUUGGACCUUUCAGUCAACCAAAUAACCCUUUUUGGCAGUGUUCACCUUAACAGUAACUGCUUAUUCUACUCAUCCUAAACUGCAAAAUGGCACAAAUUUGAAGUGCCAUGAACUGUGUGGUUUAUGUUAGUCAAGUUACUGUAAAUACCACAGAGCUUUGCAUAGAUUUGAAAUAUGUUGCAUUCAAGUUUGAUUUCAUAUCAAACUCAUCAUUUCAUCUGAGGACGGGGCUUUUAUAACUCUAUGGGAGAUUCAUUGCUUUUGAAAGAAAUUUCCAAACUUAUGAUCCGCAAAUGCUGAGCCUUAUCAUUAUUAGUUUGGGAUUGACUCCACAAACUUGUCAUUUUAAUCUUAUGUCUUAAAGUUCUUUCAAAUGACAACAAUCAUCUUUAAGGUUGAAUAAUGGUACUUUCUGAAGCUAUUGUGAAAAAAAAAAUCUCACUUUGUAUUUAUACUGACAGAGAAAACGGUGAACUUUGUGCCUGUUUUUGUUUCAUGUGGAUAAGCCCAGUAAUUACAGAGAUAACCAUGAACCAGGUCAACAAAUCUGCAAUCUCAGAAUUAAACAACAAAUUGCACUAUAGAAUUCUGACCUGUCCUCCAGCUCAAUUUAAACAACACAACACAACCUAUAAAUUUAAUUACUGACCCUGAAUGUGUACAUGUGUGGGCCCCUCUGUUUAAAUGCGUUCUUUUGACAAUUAUUUUUUUGGUCGGAGGAAGUUGCUUUUAUCUCUGUUGCCAAACCCACACUUCUCCUGCCCUCUGUGGCUUUGAGAUCAGGCAGCUACUAGGGCGAAACCAUGGUGGGAAAAUAUCCAGUGCUGUUUUCUUGACCAGUACUGCAAUUGUGAACAGCCCCAUUUGUCAUAUGUUUGUAAUAAAACAUUCUGAGUUCCAUUUAAA